AUGUUAGAGGGAGGUGUGGGUCUUGGUCAUGUCUCCUCUGCGGUCAGGACCACCGGGAGGUUUGGGGGAACGGUGACUGCAGACUGCAACACCCCUGGCCGGCCCGCUGCGGCGGAGGCGGCCGCGCCCACGCUGCGCUGCCUAGUACUCACCGGCUUCGGUGGCUACGACAAGCUGAAGCUGCAGCAGCGGCCGGCCGCGCCCCCCGCGCCCGGGCCGGGCCAGCUGAGCCUGCGCGUGCGAGCCUGCGGCCUCAACUUCUCCGACCUGUUCGCGCGCCAGGGCUUGCACGACCGCCUGCCGCCCCUGCCGCUCACGCCGGGCGUCGAGGGCGCGGGCGAGGUGGUGGCCGUGGGCGAGGGCGUGGCCGACCGCAAGGUUGGGGACCGGGUGAUGGUGCUGACCCGGUGGGGCAUGUGGCAGGAGGAAGCGACAGUCCCAGCUGCCCACACCUUCCUCAUGCCUGAGGCAAUGAGCUUCGAAGAGGGCGCCGCCCUGCUGGGCAACUACCUGACAGCCUACAUGGUCCUCUUCGACUUUGGCAACCUGAGGCCGGGCCACAGUGUCCUCGUGCACAUGGCUGCAGGUGGUGUGGGCAUGGCCGCCCUGCAGCUGUGCAGAACGGUGGAGAACGUGACGGUGUUUGGGACGGCGUCCGCCAGCAAGCACGAGGUGCUGCGGAAUAAUGGGGUGGCCCACCCCAUUGACUACCACACAGUGGACUAUGUGGAUGCCAUCAAGAAGAUCUCUCCCAGAGGCGUGGACAUCGUCAUGGACCCUCUGGGCGGCUCAGACACUGCCAAGGGCUACAGCCUCCUCAAGCCCAUGGGCAAGCUCAUCACCUAUGGGGUGGCCAACAUGAUGACCGGGCCCAAGCGGAACCUGAUGGCCAUGGCCCGCACGUGGUGGAACCAGCUCAGCGUCACGGCUCAGCAGCUGCUGCAGUCUAACCGCGCUGUGUGUGGCUUCUACCUGGGUGCCCUGGAAGAUGACCCGGAGCUGCUUGGCCGUGUGGUGGCCCGGCUGCUGGCCCUGUACAGCCAGGGCCACAUCAAGCCCCACAUCGACUCUGUCUGGCCCUUCGAGAAGGUGGCCAACGCCAUGAAGCAGUUGCAGGAGAAGAAGAACGUGGGCAAGGUCAUCCUGGUGCCCGGGCCAGAGAAGGACUAACUCAGGCCCAGGGCCGCACUGGCCUCCUGCCCCGGCCCUUCCUGCCCCCGGGGAAGUGACCACUCAGAUGUAUGGGCCCUGCCAAGGGCGGGGCAGAGGCUGCUGUUUCCGGCCCCAGCCCUCCCCGGCCACUGCACUGCGCUCGUGCCAAGGUUCCCGCUGUCUGCCCUGUGUGCCCCUGCCUCAGCUUCCCUCCUAGUCCCACAGCGUCCAGCCUGCGCCCGCCCCUCCUGCCAUCAGCUCCAGCUGCCAGAGCACAGCAGGAUGUGUCCAUCUCCGGGCUUGAGGCUGCCUCUUCCAGGCAACCUCAGCCAGCCCCAGCCAGGCCCGGGGCCCAGGUCCCUGCACUGCCUGCCACUGAGACCUCGCGAUCUGCUCAGUGCCUUCGCACCGGAGACCUGUGCUGUGAGGCGGGGUCCCUGCCCGGCUCCGCCUGAGCCCCAGUGCCUUCCCGGGCCCCGGAGCUGGCUCCUGCCCCACUCCGCCCUGGGCAGCACCAGCCUGGUGCGUUUGCCCUUGGCCUGCCCUGCCCAAGGAGGCAGCAGAGCACAGCGAGCGCUGGAGAGGUGUUGAGGCUUCAGCCCCAGAGUUGGUCCUUAUGGGGACAGCGAGCAGGAAGGCGCUGGAAGCUGAUGCCAGGGCUGCUGCCCAGCGCAGAGGCCAGGAAGGUGGCCUCGCGGGAACAGGCCUGCAGCUGCCUUUGUGUUUGUGUCAAUAAAAUGCCAAACCCAGCGCAGUGUGGAUGUUACUUGUGCAAU